GCGGGGUUUCUGGCUCCUUCCAUCCCAGCUGCGCCUUGUUGUUCAGUCGGUCAUGGCCGGGGUCGGAGGCGUCGUCGUGCGGGGGCUGCUCCAGAAAAGUGUUUCAGACUUCAACUCCCAGAAGCCUUUGCUUAGUUUGCCCAACAAGAAUUUUGAGAGCAGAAAUCCAAAAUCUCUGGAGCACCAAAGUGUGAGGAGCGCUGUCACGGAGGUUGAAGGAACCCUGUGAGUCAUCUAAUCCAACUAUCUCUUGGUCCGCGCUGUUCCCUGCCGUACUUUAAGGAUAAUGCCAUCGCAGGAGCAGCAACAGCAGCAACAGGAAAAGCGCAAUGCUGUGGACACCUAUGAGACCCUGAAGUUGGAGCGAGUGCGUGAGAAAGUCUUGCAUGUAGAGCUCAACCGGCCAGAGAAAAGGAACGCAAUGAACGCUGCCUUCUGGAGAGAGAUGGUGGAGUGUUUCAACAAGGUCUCUCAGGACUCUGAAUGCCAUGCAGUGGUGAUAUCUGGCGCUGGGAAAAUCUUCACAUCAGGCAUCGACCUGAUGGAGAUGGGCAGCAUUUUUGUGAUGGUGGACGGAGACGACACGGCCCGGAAGGCUUGGAACAUCCGCAAGAAGAUCCGGGAGUAUCAGGAGACCUUCACUGUUUUGGAGAAGUGUACGAAGCCUGUCAUUGCUGCCAUCCAUGGGGCCUGCAUCGGAGGAGGGAUGAAUCUCAUCUCAGCCUGCGAUAUCCGCUACUGUACCCAGGAUACCUGGUUCCAAAUUAAGGAGGUGGACAUAGGGAUGGCAGCGGACGUUGGCGUUCUACAGCGGUUACCUCGCAUCAUUGGAAAUCAGAGCCUGGUGAAUGAGCUGACUUUCACGGCCCGGAAAAUGAUGGCUCCAGAGGCCGAGAGCAGCGGUUUGGUCAGCCGUGUGUUUCAAGACAAGGAGGCCAUGAUGCAGAGUGCCUUCGACCUGGCUGUUGAGAUUGCGAGCAAGAGCCCAGUUGCCGUGCAAGGCUCCAAAGUCAACCUUGUGUACUCCAGAGACCAUCCUGUGGCUGAAGGCCUGAAGUAUAUGGCCACAUGGAACAUGAGCAUGCUGCAGACAGAGGACCUCAUCAAGUCUGCCCAAGCCGCCAUGGAAAAAAAGACCCCCAAGCAGAUUACAUACGCCAAGCUUUAAGUGCAUUCUCCUGUGUUUGGUGGAGACGGCUGACCCUCAUCCCAAGGGCUUGGGUCAGCCUGCCAUGUGGGCCAGACUGGACUCCAAGCCCAUGCUUAAGAAACGGUAACCAGUGCCUUGCCAACAGCAGCCCAGCUGUGUGUUUCUUUGUAGCAAUUGGGCUUUUAACUGAAAGCUGGAAGUGGUUGGGGUAGUUUAAUGUUUGGGGGUGGGUGACAGGAGGGCAAAAUCCUGUUCUUGGAAAAUUUGGCAAUUUGCAACAGAAGUAAAAUAAAUGUUAAGCACGCACAACAGUUUGUAGAAAGGAGAGAAGAUUUAUUGAACAAAUUAAAGUCUAUUUUAAUGACCUUCUAAA